CUCUUCUGCUUCACCACCACAACCACCAUCCUCGAUCAGAUUCUAUCUCGUGGGAACUGAUCGACCAAUAUAUACUAUACAUAUAUAGAGCUGCGAUUAAUUGAUUAGCUUGAUUUUAUUUGUGAAUUGGAAUUCUGAUUUCAAAUAUAUAUGGCCGAGGAGCAUAAGGUAGGCUAUCCAAUUGCGCCGGCAAAUGGGUAUUAUGGCCGAAGCGAUGCAGAGGCCGGCACCGCGUUUUCCGACGAAGAGCUCCGCCGGCAGAAGCGGAAGAAGUGGAUACUGUACAUCAUAGCCUUUGUGAUCUUUCAGACGGCUGUUAUUGCCUAGUUUUCCAUGACGGUGAUGAAAUUCAGAACCCCCAAGUUUCGGAUCCAAUCGGCGACGUUUCCUACCUUUGAUGUUCAAACAUCGAAUGCUUCCUUCAAUUUGAAGAUGGAUGCCAGACUCGGCGUGAAGAACACCAACUUCGGCCCUUACAAGUUCGACAAGACCACCAUCUUAUUCUACUAUAACGGCACCCAGGUCGGCAGCGCGGCCGUCCGGAAGUCCAAGGCCAAUUUCCGAUCGACCAAGAAGCUGGACGUCGGCGCCGUAGAUUUGGUCAUGCCGGCCAACGGUGCGAACAAUCAACAUCUGGCGAGUGAUUUGAAGUCAGGGAUCCUGCCUCUGACCGGCACGGCGGAGAUGAAAGGGAAGGUAACGAUCAUGUUCAUGUUCAAGAAGAAGAAAUCCACAAAGUUGGAUUGCACCAUGGAAGUUGACAUCCAAAAACAGGCGCUGAAGAACGUGAAAUGCAAGUGAUAUAGGGAUCGCGAGCGCACACACACAGAGAUAUAUAUAUAAUCACAUAUAUAUAGAUAGAUAGAUUAAUUUGUUGUAUGUUUGGGUUUUAAUUUUGAGCGGAGUAUCGUACUAUAUAUAUAUAUAUAUUCUGUAUUUUAAUUAUUCUUUGUUAA